AUGAAGAUUAAAUACUUCAGCGCAUCAACUUUGAGACAUUACAACAACAGUGAUUUUCAACCUUUGUUACUUUCUGGUUUUUCUGGUUUAGAAGCUUAUUAUCCUCAAAUUUCUAUAAUUUUCUGUGUUUUAUAUAUAAUCGCUAUUAUGAGCAACAGUACUAUACUGAUACUGAUCUGUCUUGAAGAAUCACUUCAUGAACCCAUGUAUUUUUUUCUUUCCAUGCUGGCAGUAAGUGACUUAGGCCUCUGUGCCACCACCUUACCUACAAUACUUAAGGUUUUCUGGUUUAGUUCUCGUGAAAUACACUUUGAUUCCUGCCUUGCUCAGAUGUAUUUUAUCCACAUAUUUUCCAUGAUGGAGUCAGGUAUACUACUGGCCAUGGCUUUUGACCGUUAUGUAGCAAUAUCCAAUCCUCUUAGAUAUAUUACCAUCCUAAGUAAUUCUACCAUAGUGAAAAUAUCUAUAGGAUUUGUAUUGAGAGCCGUCAUUGUUCUCAUCCCAGCCCCUGUGCUGAUUAAACAACUAAAAUUUUGUGAGGCCAAUGUACUUUCACAUUCUUACUGUCUGCAUCCAGACAUUAUUAAACUUUCCUGUUCUGACCACCGUCUUAACAGCUUCUUGGGACUCACAGUAAUUAUCAUAACAUUUGGAUUUGAUUCUGUGCUUAUCCUGCUCUCCUAUGUGAAGAUUCUUGCCACUGUUUUCAGUAUUGCCUCCCAGGAAGAACGAGUCAAGGCCCUUAAUACCUGUGUUUCCCACAUUUGUGCGGUGCUGCUGGUCUAUGUCCCCAUGUUAGGAGUGUCCAUCAUUCACCGAUUUGGAAAACAUGUCCCACCUGUGGUUCAUGUGAUUAUGGGUUAUGUCUACUUGUUGGUACCCCCUGUGUUCAACCCAGUUGUUUACUGCAUCAAGACCCAUGAGAUACGUAUUCGUCUCCUCAAUAUUUUUAAGAAAAUGUCAAAAUAG